UGACAGGGGCCUGCAGCAAGACCAAUUUGGCACAGGACGCUCAGGACCGUCCAAACAGGCUUUCCGGACGCAAUACAACGCUGCCCCGGGUGCGACCCAAGAUGCCGCUCGAUUCUUCGCUGCCGGGCCUGCUCCUGGGCCUUCCUCACUCGGCACGACACCGUACGACCUAUCUGCGCUGCAUGGCGCAUUGCCUCCCCUUCACACUCAGACACCGGCGCAAUCAACUCCGAUCGCCAUGAGCCCGGCGCUCGCGCCUUGGGCAACAGACUUCCUCCUCCAGCAACCGGCGCAGAGCCCGAGGCCCCUUCAAUUGGACGCUGGGCAGUCAGCAAUGCAGAACAACCAGACGGUGCAUGCCUUGCGCGACUCGGCAAAUAUGGCCAGUCCAUUUCAGGGUAAGCGAUUACAGUGGACACCGCCCGCAGUGGGAUUUGCAAGUCCUAUGGGCAACAUGAUGCACCAACCUCAGGCGUCCGGCUCUCAGUUGCACCAGCCUGUGCAUUCGGCCCCGAUCCUGGACGAGUCCCAAUGGGAACAGGUUUUCAAGUCCCAUGAAGAAACAGUCGCCGUACUGCGCGCUUCUCAAGAAGUCACGCAGGAACAUCCCGCACAGAGGCUUGAUAAUCCUGACGAGCUCGCGCGAACAGCUGGCUCCCUCAUUGAUGCCGUGAGACACGAGGACAACCCCAAAUUUCAGAGCAGCGCGUUCUUGGGACUGAUGAGGCAGCUUCGGGAUCGCGAAAUUGUAAUAGAAGGCAACCAGAUGGUUCCCCGGGAGGAGGCCUCGUCAUGGGCGAACGACUUGCAGUCCUCUGUGGACGUGAAGGGCAAGGGUCGUGCCGUCGACAUUGCUGAUGGCACCAUUACAUCCUCCAUGGUACCGGGCGGCGACUCGACGCAAGUAUACGCGGCAACGGCCGUGGCCGGCCAACGGGCUGGCGACGAGCAAGUGCGUGGAUCACUGUCAUCUGCGGUCGACGAUCUCGACGAAUACUUCCGCCAGGAGAACGAGGCGUACAUCGGCUACUGGCGUAGUGAGGCACCCCCUCGUACGGAGACACCCAGGGAGAACGCAGAGUGGGGCCGCCUGCAGCGGGACUGGGACAACUUCGAGGCAACCGCAACGGGGAUCAGGCCGGUAGCCAACUAUCAGUUUCAGGCGCACAACCCGUACCUAGUCGGCGAGACAUCACGCCAUCAUGCGAUGCACAUCCAGGGGGAGCGAAACACUUUGUACGACAGCGUGUUGGAGAUGGAAGCGGCGGUACAACGGGAGCCGAUGAGCGCACAGGCCUGGUUUCAGCUUGGCGUGAAGCAGCAGGAAAACGAGCGUGAGGCAAAGGCUGUACAGGCUCUCCGUCGCGCCCUCGAGCUCGAUCCGACACACCUACCGUCGUGGCUGGCGCUUGCAGUGUCACACACGAAUGAGGGGAACCGCCACGGGGCUUUCGAAGCCGUUCGGGAAUGGGUAGACCAUAACGAGCAAUACCGUGAUGUCGCUAGCGCGUACCGCUUGCAAAAACCGCUUCGCCAGGAUAUGUCCCAAACUGAGAAGUUCAACGAUAUGAUUGAUUGCCUCAUCACCAUGGCCCGAAGCGAUACUAGCGGAGAGAUCGACGCAGACAUUCAGAUCGCUCUUGCUGUGCUCAUGAACACAAACGAGGCCUACGAGAAGGCGAAAGACUGCUUUACGACGGCCCUUGCAGUCCGCCCCGACGACUGGCAGUUGUACAACCGUGUCGGCGCGACCCUUGCGAACAGUGGGAAACCAGAAGAGGCACUUGCUUACUAUUACCGCGCUCUAGAACUCAAUCCAGCGUAUAUCCGGGCUAGGUUCAACCUUGGUAUCUCAUGUAUCAACCUGCGGCGCCAUCAAGAAGCAUCAGAACAUAUCCUGGAUGCACUCUCGCUACAAGAGAACGAUAGCAUCACGAACGGCGACGGGACUAACGACAAGCGCGGUGUAACGUCAUCGACUUUGUGGGAUUCUCUCAAGACAUGUUGCUUGCACCUCGGACGUCUAGACCUCGCCACCAUCUGUGACCGCCGCGACUUGGACACUUUCCGCCUUAAUUUCAACCUGCGGUAAUGGGCAGUAACGCGUAACGUUUCGCGGAGGCACAUAUUUCGCGUCCGCUUGAGACCGGAUCUCCACGUCAUCUGUUUAUGUCUCUCGGAGACGAUCUCUGCUCAUUUCAUUGUGUCAUCGAGCUAUAUAUGUCAAAAAUAAAAGCUUCCCUUGGGAAGGAACAAUCAGCC